GCGCGGGGCUGGGAUUAGGGCCGGGGCGAAUGGCUGGCAAUCUUACUGGGAUUACAGAACAAAGAGAGAACCUCCCAGAGCCCGGGCUCGGCUUCGCGCUCGCUCCGCGCCCCGCCCUCCGCCGCAGCCCGCGCCGGGGGUGGGGGCCCCGCGCAGCCCCCGGCCGGCCGCCCGCACCGCGUCCGCCCUCCUUCCCUCCCUCCCUCCGCUGAUCCUGUCCCCCCCAUUCCCGGAUUAUUAACUCGGCAACCAGAGGCGACUGGAUCCACCGAGUCCUGGCCACCGGGCCGGGGCCGGGGCGCCCGGAGCGCUUGGGGAUCCUGCAAGGUGACCAUGGCCUUGCUGGGGAAGCACUGUGACAUCCCCACCAACGGCUGCGGGUCUGAGCGCUGGAACUCCACCUUCACCCGCAAGGACGAGCUCAUCAACAGCCUGGUGUCCGCCUUAGACUCCAUGUGCUCGGCGCUCUCCAAGCUGAACACGGAGGUGGCCUGUGUGGCUGUGCACAAUGAGAGCGUCUUCGUGAUGGGCACCGAGAAGGGACGGAUGUUUCUGAACACCCGGAAGGAGCUCCAGUCAGACUUCCUCAGGUUCUGCCGGGGACCCCUAUGGAAGGAUCCAGAAGCAGGACACCCUAAAAAGGUGCAACGCUGUGAGGGUGGUGGCCGGAGCAUCCCGCGGUCCUCACUGGAGCAGUGCUCGGAUGUGUACCUGCUGCAGAAGAUGGUAGAGGAAGUGUUUGAUGUUCUUUAUAGUGAGGCUAUGGGCAGGGCCAGCGUGGUCCCUUUGCCCUAUGAGAGGCUGCUCAGGGAGCCGGGGCUACUGGCUGUACAGGGACUGCCCGAGGGCCUGGCCUUCCGGAGGCCAGCCGAGUAUGACCCCAAGGCGCUCAUGGCCAUUUUGGAGCACAGCCACCGAAUACGGUUUAAGCUCAGGAGGCCUCCUGAUGAUGGUGGGCGGGAUGCAAAGGCGCUGGUGGAGAUGAACGGUAUCUCCCUGCUACCCAAGGGGUCCCGAGACUGCGGUCUGCAUGGCCAGGCCUCCAAGGUCACUCCCCAGGACCUGCCCCCCACCGCCACCCCAUCCUCCAUGGCCAACUUCCUGUACAGCACGUCGAUGCCCAACCACACCAUCCGGGAACUCAAGCAGGAGGCGCCCACCUGCCCGUUGACCCCCAGCGACCUGGGCUUGGGCUGGCCUGUGCCUGAGCCCCAGGUCCCCAGUGCCCAAGAUUUCUCCGACUGCUGUGGACAGAAGCCCGCAGGACCUGCUGGGCCUCUCAUCCAGAAUGUCCAUGCUUCCAAGCGCAUCCUCUUCUCCAUUGUCCACGACAAGUCAGAGAAGUGGGACGUCUUCAUCAAGGAGAUGGAGGACAUCAACACACUGCGGGAGUGCGUGCAGAUCCUGUUUAACAGCAGAUACGCGGAAGCCCUGGGCCUGGACCACAUGGUUCCUGUCCCCUAUAGGAAGAUUGCCUGUGACCCCGAGGCUGUGGAAAUUGUGGGCAUCCCGGACAAGAUCCCCUUCAAGCGGCCUUGUACUUAUGGGGUGCCCAAGCUGAAGCGGAUUCUGGAGGAGCGGCACAGCAUUCACUUCAUAAUCAAGAGGAUGUUUGAUGAACGCAUUUUCACAGGGAACAAGUUUACCAAAGACCCCGUGAAGCUGGAGCCAGCCAGCCCACCAGAAGAGACUUCCACAGAGGUCUGUAGGGACGCUAUGCUGGACCUGGCUGGGACUGCUUGGUCAGACAAGAGCAGCAGCGUCUCUGAAGACUGUGGGCCAGGAACCUCAGGAGAGUUAGCAAUGUUGAGGCCCAUCAAAAUUGAGCCAGAGGAGCUGGACAUCAUUCAGGUUACUGUCCCAGACCCUUCACCAACUUCGGAGGAGAUGGCCGACUCACUGCCUGGGCAUCUGCCCUCGGAGGAUUCCGGUUAUGGGAUGGAAAUGCCGGCUGAUAACCUAAAGGUGUGCUCUAUAUCAAACCCAAGACCGUGCCCAUCCCCGGGAAGCACUCUCCAGCUGACCUCCAUCCCCAGCCCUGUGUGUAUGUACAAAGGCCCCAGUGAGGAGCCAUGGCCAGAAGAGAGGCCGGCAGAAGAAAGCCCUGGUGAUGUGAUCCGGCCCUUGCGGAAGCAGGUGGAGAUGCUGUUCAACACGAAAUAUGCCAAAGCCAUUGGUACCUCGGAGCCAGUCAAGGUACCCUACUCCAAGUUCCUGAUGCACCCUGAGGAGCUGUUCGUCCUGGGACUGCCCGAAGGCAUCUCCCUUCGCAGACCCAACUGCUUUGGGAUCGCCAAGCUUCGGAAGAUCCUGGAAGCUAGCAACAACAUCCAGUUUGUCAUCAAGAGACCCGAACUGCUCACCGAUGGUGUCAAAGAGCCCGUGAUGGACACUCAAGGCAUUUCCCCACUGCCCCUGUUGGGUUUGCCCCCUCGAUGCCACCUGAGACCCCAGGUGCUCCCCCCUCACCUGCCUUCUCUCCCCACCCCACCCCCAGAGAGGGACUCCUGGGACCGUCUCGUGGACGAGACCCCGAAGAGGCAGGGCCUUCAAGAAAAUUACGACACCAGGCUCUCGCGGAUCGACAUCGCUAACACGCUUAGGGAACAAGUCCAAGAUCUGUUUAACAAGAAAUACGGUGAAGCCUUGGGCAUCAAAUACCCAGUGCAGGUACCCUACAAACGAAUCAAAAGCAAUCCAGGCUCCGUCAUCAUCGAGGGCCUGCCUCCCGGGAUCCCAUUCCGCAAACCCUGCACCUUUGGCUCCCAGAACCUGGAAAGGAUCCUCUCUGUGGCUGACAAGAUCAAGUUCACAGUCACCAGGCCGUUCCAGGGACUCAUCCCAAAGCCUGACGAGGAUGACGCCAACAGGCUCGGGGAGAAGGUGAUCCUCCGGGAGCAGGUGAAGGAGCUCUUCAAUGAGAAAUACGGAGAGGCCCUGGGACUGAAUCGGCCUGUGUUGGUCCCUUACAAACUGAUCCGGGACAGCCCAGAUGCCGUGGAGGUGAAAGGCCUCCCGGAUGACAUCCCCUUCCGGAACCCCAACACCUACGACAUCCAUCGGCUGGAGAAGAUCCUGAAGGCCAGAGAGCAUGUACGGAUGGUUAUCAUCAACCAGCUCCAACCUUUUGCAGAAGUCUGCAAUGAUGCCAAGGUGCCAGGGAGUUCAGGAGGCCGGCACAGAAUGGCCCCCAGCAUCCGGCCUCAGCAACUGUUUCUUCCACCAGCCAAAGACAUUCCCAAGCGCAAGAGGAAGCGGGUCUCGGAAGGCAACUCGGUCUCCUCCUCUUCCUCCUCUUCAUCCUCAUCCUCUAACCCAGAGUCUGUGGCAUCCACCAACCAGAUCUCCCUCGUGGUAAAGUCACGCAGAUCCGAACUUCACCCCAGUUCUGUGUGGCCUGUGCCCCACCCUCGGGCAGGGCCGCCCACAGCUCCAGGAACCGGGAGGCACUGGGCUCUGAGAGGGACUCCACCAACCUCAGAGGUGCAGGCGCACCCACUGGCUUUGCCCACGAGAUAGACGGAGGGGUCUGUGCCAUCAAUCAAUCGGCGCAGGGCUUGAAGUGUGGGUGUUACCAGCGGUGUGUGUAACUGAGGACAGCGGGAGCCAGAGGGUAGACGGUCACAUGACAGAACUCAACCUCCGUCAUCUGUCGGCCAUGUUGCUGAGUUUGGCCCCUUGCCUGAUUCAAAGGAAAACCUAUGUAAAGCACUGGGUGUGGUGGCUUAUGCCUGUAGUCCCAGUAGUGGAGACGGGGAGGAUCAGGGGUUCAAGGCCAGCUUGGGCGACAUGAGACUCCGCCUCAAAAGAAAACUGCUAACCAGGGGGCUGGGGGUGUGGCUCAGUCAGCAGGAUGCUUGCCUUGCGUGCAUGAAGGGCUAGAUCCCCAGCAUCGCAUAAACUGGACCUGGUGGCAUACGUCUGUAAUCCCAGCACUGGAGAGGUAGAAGCAGGAGGAUCAGAAGUCAAGAUCAGCCUCAGGACAUGAGAAAUUUGAGGCUAGCCUGGGUUACAUUAGACUGUCUCAACAGAAA